AUACCUACGCUCGAUGGGUGGAUUGAAAACCUGAUGACUUGCAAGCAACUAGCGGAAGAUGAUGUUCGGAGACUGUGUGAUCGAGCUAGAGAAGUGUUGCAGGAAGAGUCGAAUGUGCAGCCAGUCGUAUGUGCUUCCCUCGGCCUGUUCUUGCCGUGUCAUUAAUGCGGAUCGCUCGAGAUAUUGACCUGAAUCUCUCAGAAAUGCCCCGUGACUGUCUGUGGUGAUAUACAUGGUCAAUUCCACGACCUAAUGGAACUGUUCCGCAUUGGAGGUCCUAAUCCUGACACAAACUACCUCUUCAUGGGUGACUAUGUCGACCGUGGCUACUACUCUGUAGAGACUGUCACGCUUCUUGUCUGCCUCAAAAUCCGUUACCCCCAGCGAAUCACCAUCCUCCGAGGAAACCACGAGUCCCGCCAGAUUACACAAGUGUAUGGGUUUUAUGACGAGUGCUUGCGCAAAUACGGCAAUGCCAAUGUCUGGAAAUACUUCACCGAUCUUUUCGACUACCUUCCUCUCACCGCUCUCAUCGAGAACCAGAUCUUCUGCCUGCACGGCGGUCUGAGUCCCUCCAUCGACACUCUUGACAACAUUCGUUCUCUGGAUCGGAUCCAGGAAGUUCCUCAUGAAGGACCCAUGUGUGAUUUGCUCUGGAGUGACCCCGACGACCGAUGCGGCUGGGGUAUAUCUCCCCGUGGUGCUGGUUACACCUUUGGGCAAGAUAUCUCGGAAGCAUUUAAUCACAACAACGGCUUGACUCUUGUUGCGCGAGCACAUCAAUUGGUUAUGGAGGGCUACAAUUGGUCUCAGGAUAGAAACGUGGUCACCAUUUUUUCGGCCCCCAAUUAUUGUUACCGCUGUGGUAACCAGGCCGCAAUCAUGGAAAUUGACGAGCAUCUGAAAUACACAUUCUUACAAUUUGAUCCUUGCCCACGCGCGGGAGAACCAAUGGUCUCGAGACGUACACCUGAUUAUUUCCUGUGAUGUGAUUCUAAUAGACACUUUUUUCAUCACUACUGACAAGUUGAGCUUCUUAUGACCCUUGAGAGGGCUACUGGGAUGCUGGGAGCAUACGAAAGGACCCACUUGUCACAAUAAUUGUAUGUCCUUAUUUCAGGCCGUGUUGAUACCAAUUAUGAAAAUAAAAGACGUUCGCAAG